GUAAGAAAAGUUGUGUCAUUUUAUAGAAGUACAUAUAAUAAUAUUUCUAAGUAGUACUCGUUAUCGGGGAACUUUUUUGAACAGAUUUGCGUUCCUUACAAAAGGAACGAGAAAGGCAAAUUCCUGUCGCGUACAGAUUUUUAACACAAAUUAAAGGCGAAUUUGUCAUCAAACGAAACGUCAAGACAGUAUCGAAUUCCUGUAGACAGAAGUGUAAUAUUGUUUACUUUUUUUUCGUUUAUCACCACAGUGUUUGUUUCGGCGACUUUAGUCAAAGAAACUUGUAUUUAAAUGAGUUGCUUAGUAACAUUAACAACAUCUUCGCAAGAUUUCCACUGUAAAGCUUAGGAAGAUUUUUGGUUUUGAACCCCGUUCCAAGAAACAAGUUCAGAAUCUCUUCCAUCAUGUGUUAUGUCAUUGUAACAUCUCGAACUCUGCUAUGGACUUUGUUGACGAUAGCGACAUCUUUAGCUAUGGUAGCAGCCGUGAUCACGCCUAGCUGGUUGAUCGGACCACCAAGAAAACCCGGUCUGAGAUCUAGAACACACACUGAAACGAACAGUGAUGAAAUGUAUUCCCCAACAUUAGGUAUUUAUAACCGAUGUACAAAGCUUCACAAAGUAGACCAGCUAUUCACUGAUAGUUGUGCACCGUUUGUAACGAGCUUUGGAAUGCCAUCUCAAGAGUUCCCCAAUUUUUGGAAGGCAGCCCUAAUUUUCUUUGCUUUUGGAAUAGCGCUGAUGGUCUUUACUGUCUUUACGUCAGUAUUGGGUUGCUGUAUACGUAGCAUUGUGAAGAAGAGUAUUUUUACAAUAUCAGGAACAGUACAAGCUAUAGCAGGUUUGUUGUUCAUCUUGGGAUUAGUUCUGUAUCCAGCCGGUUGGGGGAGUACCCGCGUGCAGCUCGUUUGUGGAGAAAAUGCGCAACCUUUUCUUUUGGGAGACUGCAUGUUGGGAUGGGCUUUUUACUUGGCUAUCGGGAGCACAAUCAUAACGUUCGUAUGUUCUGUACUGUCAAUUCAAGCAGAAAUCUCCACUUCUUCGGACAAAGUACAGGAUGAAAUACUUGAAGGGAAAAAUUUGAUCUGUUUGUUAUAAUUUAGAAAUUGUAAGAUUCUGCAUUUUGUUUAAAAUUGAUGACAAUUCCACCUAAGGCUAUGCUCAGAGGGUUAAACAGACUGCAAUUUUGGCAACUGCGACAGGUGGCAGCACACUAGUGGAAAUAAAUGAAACAUUUAAUUCUAACUUUUUUUUGUACAUAUCCGCGUAAAAAGCACCAACUUUUGACAAGAGACUCGCAGACAAAGGACUUUCUGUAACUAGGGAAAUGUUCAAUCAAUUAUAAUCCUCAGCUAUAAACUUAUGACUUAUAAAAUUUUACCAGUUUGUUUUUGAAUUACUGAAGCCAAAAAAAAAAAAAUGACAUUGUUAUCAGUACGAAUUUUUGCUUCGAUUAAAAGCUGAUAACAGUACGUUAGAUUUGAAUAAGUGAUAGCAGUAUUUGGAAAGCUAACUGUGAAGUUAUACCAACUCUCAAUUUGUUUUACUAAACAAAUUUUAGAUCGUUACGACGAGUAUUACACAUUUCUUUCCACGAGCUUCCUAAUACGAGUCGUCAAUUUCUUUGUUAUUAAACCUAAAUAAUAUUCCUGUUGGGUUUGUUUUUUUAUUGUUUUGUUUUACAGUGUUGUGUGUGUGUUUUUUGUUUUGACAAGUUUAGGUGUUCAUAAAGGUUAAAGAAGAAUGUAAUUAUCCGUAGUUUUUCUAACCAAUAUUCAUCGUGUUUGCCACAUGUACAGGGUGGGGUAAAAGUAACUGUAGAGUUGUUUCAUUUAGAUCAUGCUUUAACUUCCAAUUAUUACUUUGAAAUUAUUUAACUUUGUGUCAAUUGUCUUCUUAAAAGUUGCUUUGGUAUACCAACUAUAUAGUAACUUUUACUACACUCUGCGUGUUGUGUGCUUAUACAUAUAUAUAUAUAUAUAAAUUUAAACUGCACAGUUUAG